AUGAAUAUGGAUGAGUUGAUUGCGUUACUGCAAUCCCCCGAUAACUCGGUGAGGACGCAAGCGGAAAGCAAUUUAAUGACUGUGAGUGAUGAGGACGCGUCCCAUGUGCUCCAGUCGCUAAUAAAUGUGGCAUUGAACUCCGCAGAAAAGCCCCUGACUGAAAGACAGUUUGCUCUGCUUUCUAUGAGGAAACUCAUUACUUUCUACUGGUCUCCCGCUUUCGAAUCCUACAGGAACACUGCAACACUGGACCUUUUGACCAAGCAAUAUGUUAGAGACUCGUUAUUGCAAUUGUCUCUGAACGAUUCUCAAGACACGAAGAUCAAAAAGAGUGCAUCGUACUGUAUUGUCCAAAUUUCCGCGGUGGAUUUCCCUGAUGAAUGGCCAAAGCUACUGGAAGAACUGUACGGUGCGAUUACCAAUUUCCAUUCUUUAAGUGCAAUCUCCCUCUUGAACGAGAUUUACGACGACGUGAUUUCAGAGGAGAUGUUUUUUGAAGGUGGGAUUGGACUAGAGACUCUUCAGAUUAUUUUCCAGCUACUAUCCAGUGAUGCGUCCACCAUUGAGGCCAAACUUGCCGCCAUCAACUUAUUCCACGCAACAUUACUGCAGAUGUCCACCGUUGACUCACACACAACUCAAGAGAAGAGAAAAGAGAUGGUCCGAAAUUGUGUGCCUAUAUGUCUAGAUACCUUGCGUACUCUACUUGAAGGUUUAGCAGAUAUCAAUAGUGCUUUGCCUUUACAGCUAAAGGGCUCUAUUUACAAGAGUCUGGAAUUUAUCAAGAACAAGUUUCCCACACAGCUAUUCCCUUCUCAGUUCGUAGAAUAUUUCAAAAUACAAGCUGUACGCGAUUUGGUAGCACUACAAAUAAACCAGGAUUCUUUUGCUGAUGACACAGUAGUGGAGGCAUUCAAUGAGUGUGCUAUUCACGUUAUUGAAUUGAUUUCCAGUAUCGAAAUCACAGAGUAUGGAACUGAGGAUCAACAUGCCAUUCUAAAAGCCCUAUUGUCUCUGUCACGUCUUGACGCCAACACGAAGGAGUCGUGGACCACUGACUUCAACGAUUUUGUCUCUAAGGAAACUGGCCUCGCAGCAUCUUUUACGAUUAGAGACCAAGUUGCAGAUUACCUAGGUACACCUACCGGGGCACAGUCUCAAACGAUGUUUGAAAACAUAUUACAGCUGGUUUCCGACAUUCUUUCCUCUAAUGCAGACCCGACAACUAUUGAAUCUUCCCUGUUUCUUUUGCAAUCUGUACUGGCUGAGGACACUGAUUUCUCUGUGUCUUCCCCACAAACACUAGUGCAACUAAUAUCUGCACUUAUUGGGCCCCAAACCAUAAACACUCACAACGAUUCUAUUCUACGUAGCAGAAUAAUUCUAACAAUCCCUAAGAUCUUGGAUGUCUUCAUGGAUAGCUUACCAAACAUCAAACAGCUCACCAAAGAUUUGCUACUGAAAACAUUACAAGACGCAUUAUCAUCUACUGAUGAACUAAUUUUUUGUUCCACACUCAUUGCCUUUACCUAUUAUGUGUAUUUUGCGGAACUUCCAAGUGUUCUAGGCUCUGAAUCGUGUCGUGAAUUGCAAGAAGCUGUACUGGGGAUUGUUAACCACGUUGCCAGUGAGGCGGAAGAAGAUACCAAUGGUCUCCUUAUUGAGGUGCUAAAUCACGUUAUAAGUUGUAACGUUGCGUCUACCGAUUUCAAGCUGCUACAGAAGGAACUUACCGCUAUGCUAUCCAUAUCCAGUAAGGAUCCGUCAAAUAUUGAAGUGUCUGUUGAAUCCCAGGAGUGUUUGGAAAAACUACUAGAUAACAUCAAUACCGAAAGAUACAACAAAUUCAUCUCAAUAUGCUUACCUUCAUUUGUCAAUAUCAUUAAAGGGAACCAACCAUUAAAGUAUAAAUACAAUCCAUUACUGUCCUUGAUUUUGGAAUUUGUUCGAAUAUUUAUGAAGAAGAAACCAACAAAUGGCAUGUUACCUCGAAAUUUUAGUGAAGGAAUCAUAGCACUGCUAGUAGAUAUCCUAGAAAGAUCCGAAGAAGAUGAGACGCUGCAGUUGGCCACUGCAGCGUUCAGCCAUUUGCUGAACAACACAGACCCAACCAUAGUGAUACAACAUCUAACCGUAGUCAUCAAAGUGUUGAAGAGACUUUUAUCGAUGUUUGUUUCAGAUACUGCUGCACAAAAUGUCGGUACAUUGAUUGUGACACUGUUCAAUAAAUACUCCAAGGAGCUAACAAACCUGAUUCCUGAUAUUUUAGAGUCGGCCAUCUAUAGAUUGAUCGACGCGAAAAAUGUCACCACCCAGGAGAACCUAAUCUCGUUGAUAUGUUAUGUGACCUGUUGCGAUCCGUUACAAAUGGUCAACUUUCUUUUCAAGUUUAGUGAAUCGGAGCGUCGGGAUAUUCCAAGCCUGAUGUUCAACAAGUGGUUUGAGACGUUUGAAAUUGUGAGAGGUGAGCGUAAGAUCAAAGACAACAUCAUUGCUCUCAGUAAGAUUUUUUUCCUUUCCGACUUCCGGUUAACUUACGUGAAGGUCAAUGGUGAUUUACUACCGUACGAGGGGGAUCGCAUUAUCACCAGAUCGAUGGCCAAGGAAAUGCCGGACCGUUAUACACAGAUUGAUGUGUACUCGAAAAUUGUGAAGGUGUUUGUAACUGAACUACAGUUCAGAAACAAACAACCCGAUGCGGAACGGCUGAUAACCAGUGAUAUCAAACAUUCAGAUGAAUUAGCCGCAGCCGAAGGUAAUGAUGACGAUGGCUGGGAGGACGUCGAUGAUGUCCUGGAUUAUGAGAAACUCAAGGAAUUUGUCGAUGAUGAUGACGACAGAGAAGAUUCCGUGGGGCUGGGCAACGAUGCAGAUGAAAUUACUGGUAUCGAUGCCGUCCCCCAGAGUGCUACGCAACUGUUGACUGCGUUUUUCAAGGAGGCCAUGACAAACAAUGUAAACGGAUUUCAAGAGAUGUACAAUGCUUUGUCCGAAUCAGAACGGACGAUUUUGUCUCAAUGUCUUCUGUGA